AUGCCCCCUGAGGCUGGGCGGGUGGGCUGCCGGGCCCGGGGGACGUCCUGGCUCCACUCCAGCGCCCACCCGGGAGGGCCGCCUGCCGUUACCCCGUCCGCACCGGCGGUUUCAGUCAGAAAAACGGUCCCCGCGAAAGGCUUCAGCUCUUUCAAAAGCCGUUCCUCCUCGCAGCCUGGGCUGAGCAGCGCAGGCUCCCGACGCGGGUAUGCCAGGGAAGAAGGGCCCUUCAGGCGCAGCGAGGGCCGUUUAAGGGCUGCCCUCCAGGAAAUGGCCCAGCAGCGGAAGUUGGCAGCUCCUGGCAGGCACCGCCUAACGCGGCUUCACCCGCCGGAGAGAACGGGCGACGCCAUGUUGAGGCGGGGAAAGGCGGUGCCUGUGAAUGUCAACGACUAUAAAAAUAUAAGGUUUGGAGGGAUAGACACUGUUUUUCAUCUGGAGAAAAAACUUCCUGUAGACUUCUCCAGGCCUUUUCUGCUGUGCUUGAAAAAGAAGUCACUAGGGCCUUUAGACAGAAGUACUUUUCAAAAACACACCACACCUACCCAGCAGAACUACCAGGCUUUGCUAGAGAUGUGCUUGAAGGACAAAUGCUUGCUGACAGACAGCAACUUCCCAGCUCAUAGCUCUACUGGAAUGGGAGCAGUGCUAAAAAAACUACCCCAAAAUUUACAGUGGAAGGGGCCACAUGCUUUGCACAGAAGUCCAGUAUGCUAUGCUGCAAAGAAGCAACUUGAUUCCUGCCAAGGAUUGUUGGUUAAUGUUUUCUAUGAAAAGGAUAACAGCCAACUGCAUGUGUUGGUUUGUCUUGGCACAAAGAACUGCUCAGUCCUGGCAGCUCUGAUGUUCCACCAGGAUAUCUUGGCGCAGGCGUUUGAGAGGAAAUAUGUUGGCAUUUUCCACUGCUGGUUCUGGGAGAAUGGGUUGACGUGGUGGUUGAUGUUCUUCUUUUCCUCAGUCUGUAAGAAUGUGUUUUGGGGAACCCCUCUGCAGCAGGUAUACUCCGGCUCCCAUGAAGAUCUGCAGAUUGAGCACAUUUCAGAAGCCUUGGUAGAUUUCACAGUUGGUGUUAAUAUAAGGAUCAAGUUUUCAGCUACUCCUCCUGACCUGUGGGAUAUCCUGACACAAGCAACCUCCAGGAGAUCGCUCAUGGGCUGUCAGACACAUUUAGGGGUGAGACUUGGACUUGUUUCUGGCCAUGCCUACAUACAUCUAACUGGCAUGAGAAAGGUAACCUGUCAAUACGGGCCAGAAAACCUAGCGAGACUGAGAAAUCCAUGGGGGAAAUAGUAAUGGAAAGGAGAUUGGAGUGACAGGCUGCAUCAGUACCAGGAAAAAAACAGAAAGUUGACUCCAGCUUUCUUCGCUGGGCAUCUAUCUUCAAACAAGCACCAGGUCUUCCUUGAUGAGUGGGAAGUGGCUCAUGGCUUCCACCUGGAGCCUGGUGUCUAUGUAAUUGUUCCAUCCACCCUGGAGCAUCAACAGGAGCCUGAGUUCAUCCUGUGGUUUUUCUCCAGUAAGCAUGUUCUUCAGUGAGAAGCUGGAAAUGUUUCAUUUCCUAUCUUAAAAGAAAUUGAUGAUAGAUAUGAAGACAAGGUUUGGGAGUAUUUAAUUUCAAAGCACUAUGAACAGAAUCCUGAAAUAAAUGCUAGUCAGCUCCAGAGGAUCCUGAAUAAUGUAUCUUGGAGAAAUUCCCAGAGUUUUCACCUAAGUUUCAGUCUGGAUGCCUGCCAGGGUAUCUUGGUGCUACUGGAUAUAUCCUUGGCAUAA